AUGGAAGAAGCAGGAAACAAAUCCGACCCCCAAAAUGACUACGACCUCUCCAAACCCCUCACAGCAACAACCGGCCUCCGACAAGGCCUCACCUCCUACGGCGACGCCCACUUCUCCCUCUUCCUCCGAAAAGUAUUCAUCAAAGCCGCUGGAUAUGGCGAAGACGCACUCUCGCGCCCCAUCAUCGGCAUCAUAAACACUUAUUCGGCAUUCAAUCCUUGUCACGCCAAUAUACCUCAAUUGCUUGAAGCUGUAAAACGGGGUGUGCAUCUACAUGGCGGUCUUGCGAUCGAGUUUCCCACCAUUAGUAUCCAUGAAUCUUUUGCUUCGCCCACAAGCAUGUUUUUGAGGAACUUGAUGGCUAUGGAUACGGAAGAGAUGAUCAAAGCACAACCUGUGGAUGCUGUAGUCGCUAUUGGUGGGUGUGAUAAAACUGUGCCUGCGCAAUUGAUGGGUGGCAUGUCGGCUAAUAAAGUUGUGUUGCCGUUGGUCACUGGGCCUAUGAUGCCGGGGAGUAGUAGGGGUGUUAGAGUUGGUGCGUGUACGGAUUGUAGGAGUCAAUGGGCGGCGUAUAGGGCCGGAGAGAUUGAUAUGGAGGAUAUUGCUGUGGUGAACGAGGAGCUUGCUCCUACGGUGAGUUGUUUGCUUCUUGUUCUCUUGCUUUUGAGGUAUCUGCUAAUGGUUAUAGNNGGAGGUACUUGUGGUGUUAUGGGGACUGCGAGUACGAUGGCAUGUGUGACUGUUGCCUUGGGUCUCAUGCCUUUUGAGGGUGCAUCUGCAGCAGCUGUUUCUUCGGCACGCUUGAGGAUAGCUGAGCAGACGGGUGCGAAUGCAAUUGCAGCAGCUGCUGCCCAAAGGCUUCCUCAAUCGAUACUUACAAAGGAGUCGUUUCUCAACGCCAUCACUGUUCUUCAGGCGAUUGGAGGAUCAACCAACGCUGUUGUACAUUUGAUGGCUAUUGUGAAUCGCCAUCCUGAUGUUGCUGGCUCGAUCACGCUGGAGACUUUUGAUGAGAUUGGCAGAGGGACGCCACUUCUUGUUGACCUCAAGCCAAGUGGUGACAACUACGUAUGUGGAAAGCCUGGUAAUAUCUUGUGCAAAGCUGACAGCACACAGAUGACUGAUUUCCAUAAUGCUGGUGGUAUGCUUGCUUUGUUGCAUACACUCAAGCCACUACUACAUCUGGAAGCGAAAACGAUCAAUGGCAAGAACUUGGGAGAGGAACUCGAGGCCAGGCCAUUCAAAUUGUUCAAGUACUCAAGCGAGCUGAUACGACCACUUUCGAAUCCCAUCUAUCCAAAAUCCGCACUCGUGGUGUUACGAGGAAACCUCGCUCCUAGGGGAGCAGUGCUGAAAGCAGCAGCGUCAAAAGAAAGAGGUCUUCUCAGUCACAUGGGUCCUGCCGUGGUCUUCAAGAAUACAGCCGACAUGGCUCAACGCAUAGACGACCCAAACCUACCGGUGACCAAAGACUCAGUGCUGGUUCUACAAGGCGUGGGACCGAUCGGUAAUCCCGGUAUGCCAGAAGCCGGCGUCAUCCCCAUCCCUCGCAAACUCGGAGCUCAGGGCGUCAAAGACAUGUUGCGGAUAUCUGAUGGACGCAUGUCAGGCACAGCUGGUGGCACAAUUGUUCUACAUAUAUCGCCAGAAUCUGCACUACCAGAUUCUGUAUUUGGCUGCGUGGAAGAUGGAGAUUUGAUCGAGUGCGAUGUCGAGAAGAGACUUCUGAGUCUGCAUGUGUCGGAUGAGGAAUUGGCGCAUCGCAUUGCUGUUCGGUCAGCAGCCAAACGAAAGGAAGAUCAUGGGACGAGGAGGAUUCGUGGGAUGCAGCGUGGAUAUCGGGGUUUAUACGAGCGAUGCGUGAACCAAGCAGAGGAGGGUGCUGACUUUGACUUUCUCACGGCAGCAGGACCUUCAUAG